CCGAGAGAAAGGCGGCGGAGCCUCGCAGCUGCCCGGAGAACGGCGCACUCAGCCCUCUCGGUGUCCCGAGGCCGGCCUUCCCUGCGUCGGUGCGGUGGCCGUGCGCGCACCGUCGGCAGAAGGCUGAGCGGACUGCCCUUCUGUGACAAAGGUGACCCAAUUGUGCUUCUUUGAUAAUUAAGAUGCUGUGGUUUCAUAGAACUACUGUACAACUUGCCAAGUUCUCCUUUGGACUCUUCUCACAAAAUCUCUCUGCCUCCAAUACACCUCUGCCUGUGCUGACCCUGUUCACAAAGGAUCCCUGCCCCCUUUGUGAUGAAGCCAAGGAAGUGCUCAAGUCUUACAAAGACAGGUUUAUUUUACAGGAGGUGGACAUCACACUUCCAGAAAACUCUGCUUGGUAUGACAGGUAUAAAUUUGACAUUCCUGUCUUUCAUCUGAAUGGCCAGUUUCUAAUGAUGCAUCAAGUAAAUACUUCAAAACUUGAAAAACAGCUCCUGAAACUUGAGCAGCAAGAUGCUAGAGACUGACUGAUGCCCUCAUUACUUUCCACCCUCUACUAUGACAUCUUCCUAGAGCCCUAAAGAUGUUCUGAACAUUUUAUGUGGUACCACGUAAAUGUUGCCAUUCCUCUUAUGAUUGAUGGAAGUACCUACAUGGGAGCAGUUUAGUUAUGGGCAUUUUAUAAAACAAGAGGUGUAGGAAGGGAGAAAUCUGUUAUGUUGGUUUUUCCCUCUUGUACUUAUGGAGAAACAUGUCCCAUGCACUGGUCAGUGCUGUGUAUAGCAAGGGGUCUCUGUAGUCCUGCCGCUGCCCUGAAGGGCUGCACUUUUUAGUGAAAGAAAAAAUACUCUUCCACUCAGUGGAUAAAAUGAAAUGUGACUUGUUAAUAACUGUGCACAGUCAAUAAAGGAGUGUUUUAAUGAA